AUGACAACCAUGCUUGUUGAUCGCGCUUCAUUGUAUCCGUUACGAUCUAUAAAGCUGUUUACGUUUGGUUGCACGUUAGCUGUUGUACUUAUGACAUUUCAAUAUGAGCAUAAACUCCGAUUAUUCAAUUCUCCUCGAUUGAUACUGACCUUGCCCGCAUUGAGUCUCAUAUCUAUAUGUGGUUUUGGUGCUGCAUUAAUCGGCCUACUUUAUCCAAUGUUUAUCACGACAAUUGAUCAAACGUUCUUCUCAGAGCAAAACGAUAAUAUUAUUCGCAAAUCUCAAGUUUGUAAAUCAAUUGUAAUCUUUGUUGGAAUCAAUCAUUUAUGCGCAAAAAUUCCGUUUCAAAGCGAUCUACACUUCACUCUUACAUUAGCGUUCCUAUGUGUCGCAUUUUGGUGGUGGUUCGAUCGUACGAAAGUCACGUUCGUUUUCGCUAGUCUUGUUUCGUUUAUAUUAACCAUGACUACCGAAAUCUUACUACGUGCUGGAGCAUUCGAAUAUACUUAUUCGGAUUUCUACUUGAAAACAUGUGUACCUUGUUUGACAUUUGCUGGUGCUAUUCUCGUCGCUCAAAUAACCAAGUUAUUAUCUCAACCCGAUCAAUCAUCAUCAAUAACAAUAACAAACGAAAAUUUCUCCGAACAAGAACAUAGUAGUCGCACUGUGAACAUACUCAUUCACGGUCCGUCUUGUUAA